UCGGCAUGGCCGCCAAGGGGGCUCGGCAGCGGCCGCGGGCUGGAGGUGGCGGGGAGUCGGCCCGGCCGCGGUCGGAGGCCGCGGGCGCGGAGGAGGCCCGCCUGGAAUCAUCUGGGAGCAAAGCAGGACAAGUGUGGGCCCCUGAAGGAUCAACAGCUUUCAAGUGUCUCAUCUCAGCCAGGUUCUGUGCAGCUCUCUUAAGCAACAUUUCUGAUUGUGAUGAGACGUUUAACUAUUGGGAACCGACACACUACCUCGUUUAUGGAAAGGGAUUUCAGACAUGGGAAUACUCUCCAGCCUAUGCCAUCCGCUCCUAUGCUUACCUGUGGCUUCAUGCCUUACCAGCCUUGUUCCACGCUAGAGUUCUACAAACUAACAAGGUUCUUAUCUUCUAUUUCCUCCGAUGCUUCUUGGCCUUCCUGAGCUGCAUUUGCGAACUCUACUUCUACAAGGCUGUGUGCAAGAAGUUUGGGCUACAUGUGAGCCGGCUGAUGUUGGCCUUCUUAGUACUCAGCACUGGGAUGUUUUGCUCAUCUGCAGCUUUUCUCCCAAGCAGUUUCUGCAUGUACACCACGGUGAUUGCCGUGACUGGCUGGUAUAUGGACAAGACCUCUGUAGCAGUGCUGGGGGUGGCCGCUGGAGCCCUUCUGGGCUGGCCCUUCAGUGCAGCUCUUGGGCUUCCAAUUGCCUUUGACUUUUUGAUACUGAGGCAGAGGUGGAAAAGUUUCCUAAACUGGUGUGUGGUGUCAUUGAUCCUGUUUCUGGUGCCCUUGGUAGUUGUGGACAGCUAUUACUAUGGGAAGCUGGUAGUUGCACCUCUCAACAUUGUUUUAUACAAUGUCUUCACCUCUCACGGACCUGAUCUCUAUGGUACAGAACCCUGGUCCUUCUAUUUCAUCAAUGGCUUUCUGAAUUUCAAUGUGGCAUUUAUUUUGGCGCUGCUUGUGCUGCCACUGACUUGCCUCAUGGAGUGUCUGCUUCAGAAAUUUCAUGUUCAGAAUCUGGGCCGUCCCUACUGGCUGACACUAGCUCCUAUGUACAUUUGGAUCAUGAUUUUCUUCAGUCAGCCCCACAAAGAAGAGAGGUUUCUCUUUCCCAUCUAUCCCCUCAUCUGUCUCUGCGGUGCUGUGGCUCUGUCUGCUCUUCAGAAAUGUUACCACUUCAUAUUCCAGCGCUACCGCCUGGAACACUACACAGUAUCCUCCAACUGGCUGGCUCUGGGGACUGUCUUUCUCUUUGGCCUUUUGUCACUGUCACGCUCUGUUGCCUUAUUCAGAGGCUACCAUGGGCCCCUGGACCUGUACCCAGAAUUUCACAGGAUUGCUACUGACCCAAGUAUUCACACUGUGCCAGAGGGAAGACCAGUUAAUGUCUGCGUGGGAAAGGAGUGGCACAGAUUUCCAAGCAGCUUUCUUCUGCCAGAUAAUUGGCAGCUCCAGUUCAUCCUGUCAGAAUUCAGGGGCCAGUUACCAAAACCAUUUGCCAAGGGACCAAUGGCCACACGGAUCAUUCCCACUGACAUGAAUGACCAAAACAAGGAAGAGCCAUCUCGAUAUAUUGACAUUUCCAAAUGCCACUAUCUGGUGGACUUGGAUACAGCAGCUGAAACCCCAAGGGAGCCAAGGUAUUCCUCCAACAAAGAAGAGUGGGUAACCAUUGCCUACAAGCCAUUCCUAGAUGCUUCCAGGAGGACACAAGAGCUCCACCAGUUCUUUUAAUAGAACCCUUCCUGCAACAUACAUCAAAAAGGAACAGAAGUGGAAGCAGCAGUUUUGGGAACAUCAGAACGGAAGAGGCUUUUAGAGCAUUUUUUUCUUCUGUCUUCCAAGAUUUUCCUUAGGAUGUAAUAAGGUUCUCUAAAAGGCAGCAAGGUCCCCACAACCUACUGUCCAACUGCAAAACAGACUGAAGGUUGUAAGGAACACCU